UCCUGUUGGAAGGUAUUGUUGCCCUAGGCGAGGCUGCUGGGUUUAAAAAGAGCUGGAACCCACUAAGCUGAACACAGCCCCAGCGGCCUCCUCAGACCUGCUCUGCGCACCCUGCCCUCAGGUGAGCUCAGGAGAACUGGCUCUCAGGUGAGUAGGCGACUGCUAGGACUUCAGGCGCCUAGGUGGAGGGGUGGGGGCAGAGGGAGAGCCCAGAGGACCAGCCUGAGGAAGGGGUGGAGGUGCCUGGAUGUUCUCGGUAACAGGGGUCGUGUUUGGGGGUUUGAGAACUGGAGGUGUCUAUUCUGUGACCACUGUCAGAUGGAUGGUGGGUUGGGGGCUGGAGGAAACAGGAGCCAGCCUUUGGCUAAAGAAUGUGUAAAAUGGAGUUGCAACCCUCAUGAUCCAGGAAUUCCAGGGCGUGAGAGGAAGAGAGAGGCAGGCUAGUCUAAAGGAGGGCUGGCUUCAGAGACUGCUCAGAGGACACACCCCUGCCUUCAGGGGCAGCACGCUAAAGGCCAACCCUUCAUGGCAGUAGGACCUAGCCCUGCCCUGCAGCUGUAACAUGGAGGGAGUGACCUGGGGCCUUCUCCUUGUGCUGGCAGGCCUGCCUGCCUUGGAAGCCAAUGACCUGAUUGAUAAAGACAGUUCCUUCUCUUAUGACUGGGAGGCCCUGCAGCUGGGCGGGAUGAUCUGCGCUGCGCUCCUGUGCAUCGCUGGAAUCUUGUUCGCCCUGAGUGGCAAGUGCAAAUGCAAGCACAAUCGCAAGCACAGCCCCUUAUCUGAGAAAGCUGUUCCAUUCAUCACUCCAGGCUCUGCCAGUACCUGCUGAGCGCAGGACCAGCUUCGUGGGACCACCAGGGCCAGCUUCCAUGCUGCUCCCUCCCCACUUGGGGGCCUUAGGCUCCUUCUGAUCAGGAGGCUACUCAAAGCUUAUUUCCAAAUUAAACUGGUCUCACACCUC